AUGACCAUCACCCACAGAAAGAAGCCCUCUUCAACCGCUCUAAAACCACCAAAAUACCAUUGUGACGCAUGCUCUAAUGAUGUCACAAACACAGUUCGAAUACGAUGUGCAGAUAAAGACUGUCCCGACUUUGAUCUCUGCGUCACUUGCUUCUGUGGUGGCGCUGAGCCCGUGAAGCAUAAAACUUGGCACGAUUAUCGCAUAGUCAAGCCUCAUAAUUUCCCGAUCUUUAGUGAAGACUGGGAUGCUGACGAAGAAUUACUCCUGAUUGAAGCAGCUGAAAAGAUGGGCAUAGGUAACUGGCAAGCUAUUGCAGACUACGUAGGAACAAAGAACAAGACAGAUUGUGAACAGCAUUACCUUGAUGUCUAUGUUUCCAGUCCAGAUUGGCCACUGCCGAGGAUGGACCUCAACGUCAGCGACUACAGCAAUCGCCCAAAUACAUCAAAACCUAUCACCAGUGGCCCUUCCUAUCAUGAAAUACAAGGUUAUAUGCCUAGACGUUUUGAAUUUGAAACAGAAUAUGAAAAUGAUGCAGAGCAGUUUGUUAAAGAUAUGGUAUUCAAUGACGAUGAUACACAAGAGGAGAUUGACUUGAAGAUCAUGGUAUUGGAUAUUUACAAUUCUCGGCUGGAUCGAAGAAUGGAGCGGAAAAAGUUAAUAUUUGAAAGACGGUGGUUAGACUUUAAGCGGAUGCAGGCCAUAGAACGAAAACGUCAAAAGGAAGAGCGUGAGAUAUACAACAAAACCCGUGUCUUUUGCAGACUACAGACGGAAGAGGAUUAUGAAACGUUUGUAAAAGGAUUGGUGAAAGAACAGCAGCUAAGAGACAGAAUAGCUACGUUGCAAGAGUGGAGGCAGGCUGGUCUAACCACUAUACGUCAAGGAGAGCAGUAUGAGCGAGAGAAACAGAAUAGGUUGGCUCAAUUGAAAACAUUCAUGUCGCUAUCGAACGAUAGACUUGGGGCAAGCGCUAGCCAAAGAAAUACCUACCGCUCACAAAUGGCUUCACUUGUGACUUCAAAUGUUGCUGCUACAGCUGCUCCUGCGGGUGGAAGAAAGCCUGCGAACCCACUCAACAUUCGAGAUGCCGAUGGUGUACACCUGCUAACAGAAGAAGAACAGAUAUUGUGUUCAACAUUACGUAUUAUGCCCAGACCUUAUCUAGUGAUCAAGGACACAAUACUAAAGGAAUAUGCAAAACAAGGCUAUUUAAAACGAAGACAGGCUCGUGCUCUGAUCAAGAUCGAUGUAAAUAAAACAAGCAGAAUCUAUGACUUUUUUGUGGAAAGUGACCCUUCAACAACAACAACAACAACGACAUCAUCAUCUACACCACAUGCAACAACUGCUGCAAACGAUACCACCACAGCUGCACCUGCAACCACCGAAGCAAAUUAG